AUGGGGAAUGCCGUUCGUCAGGACCACUCACUCGCACGCGAUAGUCAGAGAUGUGCUGUACCUUCAUCGUUGAAAGCAGUGACACUGCUAUUACGAGAUGGCCCCACGUCGUUCGCAUCCGAGCUGCCGUUCGAAGCCAUGUGCCACUUGACAACGCGCGGAGCACACAGUGUCUUGUCACCGGACAAAGACGUGCUCUUUGUCUUGACAAAAGAACGCUGUGCAAGGCGUGAGGAGCUCAGACGUCUGAAUUUCACUCACAUCGGCGAUCGACUAUCGUCCUGCUAG